ACUGGAAGCAGCUCUUUGGGCGGGAGCGAGCCGGUCUGCUCCUUUGCCAAAGGAGUUCGCGGGCGCCGCCGGCUUCUGCCCAGCGCGCGUCCAAAGCGCAGCUGGCGUCCGCCGCGCCCCGAGCCUGGAGCGAGCGAGGACCGGAGUUCCCCGGGACCCCUGGAAGGCAACGCGCUCGCGAAGAGCCGCCUUCCAGGCAAGUCUGCGCUGCGGAGGCGACAGGAAAGCCGAGGUGUGGGGCGAGGCGGGAGGAGGGCAGCCGGGGGGCAGCGGCCUAGGGUCGCAGGCGAAUUGGGAGAGGAAUCAGACACAGUCAACGGGGCAGCACUUCUGA